GAUAGUAACGACCAACAUGUAGCCAUCUCCUCACAGUUAUCUCUCACAAAUAUCCUAUCAUAUCCUAGCUGUACUUUAUUUACUUGCAGUGCAAAUUAUAUACUUAUAUAUGUAUUGGUUGACCUGUUUUUAUUGAACCUCUGGUACUGCAUUUGCCCAAAACCUGCAGCAGCGAUCUACAAAGCAAAUUUUUUUCCCAGUAAAAUGGGAUUAUUGAGAGCUGCUGGCGUGGUUUACAAGCCAGUAGAGCAACUUGAUCUUGGUCCUGACAGUAACGAGAUAUAUGUCGAAGCCGAUAUCAAAGCUCCUCGCAUGGGAGGAUUGCUGGCAAAAAUAUUUGCGUGGAUUCUGGAGUCAAGGAUAUUUGGAGCAUUGGCGUUCUACAUAUUGAAGAGGCUGAAUCGAGUUCACAAGUUUAUCUCGAAUGCAACGGUGGAGGAACCACCCAUGUUUGUUCCAUUGCAUCCUUAUGUUGACCUUGAUGAGCAAGAAGUCAUAGAGAUUGAUUCUGAUGCAUCUCCAGCAGAAAGAGUUCAACAGGCUAUGAAUUGCCUUCCUUUAACCUCAGAGAAUUCACUAGAUGCUUUCAAAUUCAGCUGUUUCCGGCGUUGGACAAUAGCGGAUUAUUCAAGAGCCUAUAGAAAUGGGGAAAUAACUCCAUUGAAGGUUGCAGAGCGGUUUAUAUAUGCUGUUCAUGAAUCUUCCAGUCGUCCUUUGUCAAUAGCCUUCUUCAUUAACUAUGAUGCUGAAGAUAUCCUAAGGCAAGCUACAGAAUCAACUCUUCGGUAUGAAAGAGGAGCUCCAAUAUCUGCUCUAGAUGGAGUUCCAAUUGCUGUCAAGGAUGAAAUAGAUUGCUCUCCAUAUCCAACUACAGGAGGUACAAAGUGGCUGCACAAGGUUAGACCAUGUACAGGCGAUGCAUGCUGUGUUGCACGACUCAGAUCCUGUGGUGCUAUACUUGUUGGAAAGACUAAUAUGCAUGAGCUUGGAGCUACACCAAGUGGGAUAAAUCCCCACUAUGGGUGGGAAUUUCUUGUUGCUUUCCUCUUUCAUAAACCAAACUUACAACUAAAUACUGUAACAUGUUCCUUUUGUGAAUGUUGCAGGCCUCCGAGAAAUCCCUAUGAUCCCAGCAGAAUCUCUGGUGGUUCUUCUAGUGGAUCUGCAGCAGUAGUGUGUGCAGGGUUAUGCCCUGCAGCCCUUGGUGUGGACGGAGGAGGAUCUGUGAGAAUGCCUGCAUCCCUUUCUGGUGUUGUCGGGUUCAAACCGACUUUUGGAGGCAUUCCUCAUUCAGGUGUUCUUCCUCUGAACUGGACAGUAGGAAUGGUUGGAGUACUAGCAGGUACCUUAGAGGAUGCAUUUAUUGUUUAUGCUGCUAUUAGUGGUCAUCUUCCAUCACAUGAGCCAACCACUUUGCCUCCCAAAAUACAUUUUCCACUGCUGAACUCCACAAAUCCAAUAUCAAACAUCAAGCUUGCAAUAUAUGGAGAGUGGUUCAACGAUUGCAACGAAGAGAUAAGAUUAUGCUGCUCUAAUGCUGUGCAAUUGCUUUGUGAGCGUUACAAUUGGAAGACUGUAGAGGUUACCAUACCAGAGCUAGAAGUAAUGCGCCUGGCACAUUAUGUGACAAUUGGUUCCGAAUGCAGCACUGCACUGAGUUCUCAUCUGGAAAAUUUGGGCCGUUCAGAAUUUGGAUGGGAUGCAAGAGUAGUAGUUGAUAUAUAUGGUGCUUUCAACAGCAAUGAGUAUAUAAAGGCCCAGAAACUGAGGUACCGCCAUAUGCAGAUUCAUAACAAAAUUUUCGCCAAGGCAGAUGUCAUAGUUACUCCAACAACAGGUAUGACUGCAUACUCAAUAUCUAAAAACGCUCUAAAGACUGGUGAGCUUGACUACGUAAAUGGAGGUACCAUUAUUCGAUAUCAGAUAGCAGGAAACUUUUUGGGACUACCUGCUAUUACUGUCCCUGUUGGUUAUGACAAAGCUGGUUUGCCAAUUGGCCUUCAAUUUAUAGGGAAGCCAUGGUCAGAACCCACUUUAAUGCACCUUGCAUUUGCAAUGCAGGCAUUGUGCAUCACAGAUUACAGAAAACCAAAGGUUUUCUACGACAUACUAGGUAAAAAGUGAAGAGAGCAGAGCAGAAUUCACGAGACACCAAUAUUUUUGGCCUUCAACAUAUACCUUCUAUUUCUCUUGAUGGAAUAACACUGUAAAACCAACUUACCAUGGUAUACAGCAAUACACAGUAUUGCUUGAUUAUUUACAAGUUGCCAUUGUUGCUAUGGUAUCAUAUCAUAUAGUCUGCUGCUUGUACCAUCUCAUUUAUAUCAAUAAACAGACUUAUAGAUAUCUGCAUUUGUCAAAA